GUCGAGGAUAUUGAUAUUUGCUCUCAAGACUCAUUGCGAUGAAUUGUGCGAACUUGCGUGGUGUGCAGUAGGAUGUUCAUCGGAAAAGUAGGUGUAACAACACUCUUGAUCGUCCCUGCAGAGGUGCUUGCCGAUGAUGCCGGUCGAAGAUCACGUGGCUUCAUCAAGAUCAAAAUUAAGAUCGGGAAGUAUUCCCAGUCUAGUCACUCCGUCACGCGUGGUUACUGCAAGGCGAGGCUACUCUACACGAACGGAAAAUCUUCAUGGUUGCAGGAAAUGUGUGGCGGCAACUAUGCUUGUCCCCAUCUGCCAAGCGCUGCCAUCGUCCAUCGAGGUCAAGGCAUUGGCAAAGCCAGAAUAGUUAGUAGUAUUCUUUGAUCUUCAGGUUAGAGGAAGGACACGGGCAGCGUACCUGAAGGGGUAAAAGGGGUGAAGCACCAUCCCCACCAGAGUAAUCAGAAUCGAAUUGUGCUGCACUGCGCCAGCGGGGGUUUGAAGUCCUCUGGGCAGCAACAGCACG